CUUCACCCUCGACAAAAUUGCAAAUCUUGUCUAGGACGGGAAGGUUUCAGUCAUUUCUCACAAUGCCGCCGCCAGCACCGCAGGCGGCGCUGACCAAACCGAACAAACCUUACUUCUACUACGGCCACCGAAAGCCCACCCAAAACCAACCCACAGUUCGCGGCGGCCCGUUCUCCAACCGCCAAAUAAUAAGCCCUAAGAAGUUCAGCCGCCCCACCGCCGCCGUGCAGGAGCCCUUCGACCUCCAGAAGUGGGACCCGGACGAUGAAUUGAAUCAAAGACGAUCGUAUGCGAAAGACCCGUCCGAGAAAUUCUUCUCGCUGGCGACGAAUUUGUCCCCUAUUGCGAGGUACAUAGUGGACGCUUUCAGAAAACAUAAGCACUGGAGCCCGCAGCUUGUGGAGGAGCUUAAUCGGCUGAGACGCGUCACCCCAAAGCUGGUGACGGAAGUCUUGAAGUUUCCCAAUGUUGAUCCCAGGCUCUCCUCUAAGUUUUUCCAUUGGGCUGUGUUAUUUAUUCAGAAAUCAUUCUUUUGUUUCUCCGGUUCUUGUGGAUGUUUCAUCGCUGACAGCAAGCAGAAAGGGUAUAGGCAUGAUUUUGCCUGUUACAAUGCCUUUGCUUACUUUUUGAACCGAGCAAAUCAAUUCCGGGCUGCUGACCAGUUGCCUGAGUUGAUGCAUAUGCAAGGAAAGCUGCCUAGCGAGAAACAAUUCGAAAUCUUGAUUCGGAUGCAUGCUGAUGCAAAGAGGGGGCUCAGGAUACACUAUGUGUAUGAGAAAAUGAAGAAGUUUGGCGUGAAGCCAAGAGUCUUCCUAUACAAUAGGAUUAUGGAUGGCUUGGUUAAGACUAAUCACUUAGAUUUGGCAAUGUCGGUGUAUGAUGACUUCAGGGAAGAUGGUUUGGUUGAAGAAAACGUCACCUAUAUGAUUUUGAUUAAGGGAUUAUGUAAAGCAGGACGGAUGGAUCGAGUGUUUGUCCUUUUGGAUCGGAUGAGGGAGAAUCUGUGCAAGCCGGACGUGUUUGCUUACACAGCCAUGAUAAAAGUGUUGGUUUCGGAGGGAAAUUUAGAUGGAUGUUUAAAGGUUUGGGACGAAAUGCGGAAGGAUUGUGUUGAGCCAGAUGUCAUGGCUUAUUCAACUCUUGUUAUGGCGCUUUGUAAAGGCCACCGUGUUGACAAGGGUUAUGAAUUUUUUAAGGAAAUGAAAAGGAAACACUAUUUGAUCGACAGGGCUAUUUAUGGAUCGUUGAUUGAAGCAUAUGUCGUGGAUGGAAGGGUGGGCUCAGCUUGUGGUUUGCUCAAAGAUUUGAUGGACUCGGGAUAUAGAGCUGAUUUGUCAAUAUAUAACUCCCUUAUCAAAGGCUUGUGUACUGCAAAACUCGUGGAAAGGGCUUAUAAGCUCUUCCAAGCGACAAUCCAUGAGGAUCUCACGCCAGAGUUUGAUACUGUCCACCCCAUAUUGGUUUGUUAUGCAGAGCUGAAAAGGAUGAAUGAGUUCUGCAAAUUGCUUGAGCAAAUGCAUAAAUUAGGGUUUUCUGUUGCUGAUGAUCUCACCAAAUUCUUUUCCGCGUUGGUACAGCAGAAUAAUGGAGUAGAAUUGGCUGUGGAAGUGUUUGAGUGCUUGAAACGACAAAACUAUGUUACUGUAUCAAUUUACAAUGUACUCAUGGAGGCCCUAUUCAAUAAUGGUGAAGAGAAGGCAGCAUUAUCUCUUUUCAGCGAACUCAGUGGUUCUGAUUUGGUGCCUGACUCAUCGACUUACUGUAAUGCGAUCUUAUGUUACGUUACAGCCGGAAAAAUUCAAGAAGCAUGCAAUUGUUACAACAAGAUUAUAGAAACAUCUUCGGUUCCUUCAGUUGUUGCUUAUUGCUCUCUUGUUAAAGGCCUUUGUGAAAUAGGAGAGGUUGAUGCUGCCAUGAUGCUCAUACGUGAGUGCUUAGCCAAUGUGGAAAGUGGUCCCAUGGAGUUCAAGUAUACCCUCACGAUUAUUCAUGUCUGCAAGUCAAAUGAUGUCUGUAAGGUAGCUGAUGUCAUGAAUGAAAUGGUAGAUCAAGGAUGUCCUCCAAGCAAUGUCACUUGUUCUGCUAUUAUUUACGGUAUGUGCAAACAUGGGACAAUUGAAGAGGCAAGGAAAGUCUUUUCACUUAUGAGAGAGUCUAAAUUUCUUACAGAAGCUGAUGUGAUAGUCUAUGAUGAGAUGCUUAUAGACCAUAUGAAGAAGACAACUGCUGAUUUGCUGUUUUCUGGAAUUAAAUUCUUUGGGCUGGAAUCAAGAUUGAAGGCCAAGGGCUGUAUGCUCUUGCCCAGUUGA